UCGCGUGGACGAUAAAAACGACGGAGAAACAGUGACGGGGAAGGAAAGAGUGAGGUUAGACGUUCUUCUCUCUCUUUCUUUCUGUCUUUCUCUUUCUCUCCCGAGUGAAACGGCUGUACCAUCUCCAAGGCCCCGCGCGAAUUGUUUGGAAGGUUCGUGAAUCUUCGGCGCGUCAAAUUUAUCGCCCGUGAUUCGGGUGCUUACUUUUUAUUCAAUCGGUUGUUCGGUUGUUCCUGUCAAAUCUCGCUUCGCGAGAAGAGAGAUGGCAACGUACGUUCCCUCUCGCGAAAGGGAGACAUUUUCGACGGAAAGGGCGCGAAUUCAUUUGAUCGACAUCGUGGAAAGGCGGGAGCGUGUUUACGGAGCACCCGGUAUAACGCGGCGAUAACAAUUCCACGGCGCCACGAAGGACAAAGUACUUUCCGCGGCAGAAAUAGCGAAACUGGGAUCGACGCCGUUUUCGAGAAACUCGAGGAAGAAUCGUUCUUUCUUAAAGAACAAAAAAAUAAUAAAAGAAAUUGCGCUUAUCUUGCGCCGUUACGAUAAUAAUGGACGCGCUGUGUGCGCUUGUCGAUGUUUUACUUGGGAAAAAUAAACUCAUAAGAGGGAUAGAUAAAGAGAUAAGAGGCGGAAAGGUAGAGAUUAAGCUGAAGAGAAGCGAACUGCGUAUUGCAGCGAGGAUUUUUGUGCAGAUAUUUACGACGCGCUAGUAAAAAAAGGUAAUCGUCGCACAGCCGCCGUUAAUUAUGACGACAGAACCACCGGAUGAUGAGAAGUUAUUAAGUAUACAAUGGGACAAUAAGGCGGCACCAGGGCUAUCCGGCUGUAUGUUUCCCGGCGUACUGACACCGUUGGAUUGCCAAAUAGCCGGUCACCCUUUCAAUGGCGAAAAACAGACUAUUGGCAUGCUGAUCUGCAGACGGACUGGCUACGUGUUGAAACCAGCGGCUAAAGUGGUCCUUGGAGAAAGAGAAAUUGCAUUCUACGAAAACUUGAAGAAUUCCCAUGAUCCCAUUGCAAUGGAAUUUAAAAAAUUUGUUCCGCGUUAUUACGGCACAACGGAACUACGUGUCUUUAAUAAGCGUACAAAAUUCCUCAUGCUUAGGAAUACCACUAAGAGCAUGGCUGAGCCAUGUGUGAUAGAUAUCAAGAUCGGUUUUCGAACGUGGGAUCCUUUAGCCACGCCAGAGAAGAGAAGAACGGAGGAACUCAAGUAUGCCGAAUCGAAGCGUACUUACGGUUUUUGUAUAACGGGUUAUCAAGUAUAUUCUGUCUUAUCUGGACGAUUAAGGAAAUAUGACAGAGAUUAUGGCAAGCAACUCGGUGUCGAGGGCGUCGUGGAAGCGCUGGAAGAUUUCUUGAACAUAAUACCUGGAAAGCCAGUCUGUCGACAAUUGGUCUCCGAAAUCUUAACAUACCUGUACAAGAUAGAGCGGCUCUUCAACAUGCAGCGGAAAUAUUGCUUCUAUUCCAGUUCGCUUCUGAUCGCUUACGACGCUCAACACUUGCGGCAGCAUUGCCCGUUGAAAGAUGACAUUUGUACCCCUUUUUUAGUGCCGAAAUUUGAUAAAGAAGUGAUAAGUGGAUCAGUUCCUUGUAUAGCACGUGGAACGCACAAUUUAUCUGGUACAAACGAAUUAACGUUUAGCUCAAGAUUGAAAAAAAGCGUAAGCGCGCCUGUGUCGAUACCGUGCGAGCAGAUACUUAAUCAGAGCAGAUCUCGCAAUUCGAAUAUGGAUCGGUUGUGUCGAUCCAGCCCGAGCCAAUUCACAUAUUCGUGCACGAACGACAUUACGAAGAAAGAUGAGGAAAACGUUUCAAUGGAGAACAAAUGCAAGUGGGUCAAAGUGAAGAUGAUCGACUUUACACACGUUUUCCCCGGGGAGAAUAACGACUUGGAUCGAAAUUAUCGGGACGGCAUCCAGAUGCUAAUCCAGCUCUUAAGUAUGAUCAAGAAGAGCGAUUGCAUGCAUUAAAGUUGUUCUCCUUAUCAAAAAAUGUAUUACUUGUGACGAUGUUCCUGGAAGCGAACGGAGAAAAGAUUACAAACGAAUUCAGACAAAGCUAUGUUGAAACGGUGAUGUGUCGUCCAUGUUAUCGGACCCAGAUAUCAAGAUGACAUAUAGAGACAAUAUGAUAAAUCAAUAGCGACAAUGAUCAAUAAUCGUUCAAGGCUGAGAGAGAACGCUUGCUCAUCGCGAAAAACUUGCGAUACAGUUCUUUUUUUUAAAGAAAGGAAAGAUUGAAAUUUGAAACAAUACGGAGAAUUAUUUCUUUCGUAUCAAUCGUGUAAAGGCCGGAAAACUGCAAUUUAAUGGAAACUUCAAACAACAUAUUUUCUCUCGAAGGUCUGAUUUCAGUAAUAAUUACUCAUCACAGAGUGAAGUACCAUGAACCAUAGGACCUCUUCCAUGAGAUUGGAAGCCAAGAUACGAUAUAUGAGAGAAGUAAGUCCAAUAGGGCACACGAUCGACACUGACGCGGAUUCCAAAAGGAAAGUCUUCUCUAGAAUAAAAUAAUUAAUAACUAAUUAAGACUUUUAUACUUUGCCAAAAGAAUUGUAAUGCGAUGUACAGAGUAUUUAGAAGAAUUUCGUACAUUCGAUUUCUCGCGUUUGCCGUGUGAAGAUUUUACAAAUUUAGAGCCGGGCACAAUAAGGAAAGGAAGACAAAGGACGCCUCAUUCUAAAUAUUCGACUAGAGUUUGAGUGAGUCUCACAUUACGACGACAAUAAGUCGCACUUUGUAAACACACCCAUACACACCGCUGUACUGCAAUGGCGAGAAAUUCUUUAAUGGUAUCAUUACUAAAAUUCUCCCAUGUUACAUAUAUUUAUGUUACACGCAUUACGCGAUGAAAAGUGCAGAUUAUUGUAAUUGUAACAGCAGCAAUAAAACGAUUACGAUGUAAAAUGGGGCGCGAGUAUUUAUUAAGAAACGUUUCUAUUGGUGGUUUCUAUUGGCAACAACGAAAUAGAAUCUGUGGCAAAACGCUAUUAGAUAUCUCACAAUUUUUGUUUGUAAAUUAUAAUUAACAAUAUAAUUCUUCACAACGUUAACAAAUGUCAAAUCUAUAACUGGGAUUAUACGAUUAGUUUUCAAGGCUCUCUCUAGCAAUUAUACUUUUAUGAUUUUGUCAUAAAUAUGAAAUAAAUACUCACCGUCUCUCUUAAUAGCUAUAGAAUAACGAUCGCCUUACGACGACAGCGAUUCUAUCGUAAUUUAUUUUUAUUUCUUUCGACUUGUCGAUGCAAUAACAGGUAGACACUUGUUGUAUAAUAUUUUAUUCGCCAUUCAUUCAUAAACAGUUUUUACAGAUCGUCAACGAUCGGCGGGCGCGCCGUUGCGACGUGAUCAACCGCGAUAAUAAUUAAUAAUAAUAAUAAUAAUAAUAAUUUGCUUAAUCUCUCGUUAUAACACUUAUAAUAAUACGCGCGCGCGCUCUGGCGUGUGCGUAGGUGUAUGUAUGUAAUUCAGAAUGCGCGUACACUCGCGUGUACGCGCACGCAACGCAUACACACGCACACGCACAUAUAUACAUAUAUAGAAUUGCUCAUCUCGAUCGCAUUUGUCUUCUCUCAGCUACGCACAAACCCCCUUCACUUACGCUCGCCUCACUAACGCUUUCUCGUUCAAUUUCGAUAAGUGCUUUAAUCGAGAGCUGAUCGGAACUAUUUGGGAUACACACUUCAUCUUCGCUCGUCUAUAACAGAAUCGGGAGACUGGCUUCUUUGGAAUUAAGUUAUCCAGCUUGAAUUCCAUCCAGUUUUAUUCCAAGAGUUCUCGCAGUUAAGCGAUUGAAAAGUAUCGAAUUUAGAAGCGGACUCAUAGAACUUGGAAUCCGGGCAGAUCGAGUUACGUCUCCGUCGCGAAUUGAUGGGGUGGCCGUUGAAAAAUCAAUUAACUGCAAUCACGAGCGGGAUUACACGCAUAAUUAGCAUUAUCAAGCAGCUUGUAGCCGGGCGGCGACUGACCGUAAUCAAUUAAACAAAUUAUUAACGUUUGAUCGCGCUGGCGAACGCCAGCGAACAGUCGCACCGAAUUUCGCACAAAUGUUACAGCUUUCCUCCGCGCUGUCCGUCGGAGGCUCCCCGCUGAUUAGUCGCGCUUAAUUAAACGAGACCGCGAACGAUAACGAGAUAUUAAUAUAAGUAGCCCUAUAUCACAUAGUAAACGCAGGCGCAACAAUAAAUAUUGCUGUAAAAACGCAUUAAAUAGCUAUAAACCGUGUAACGCAAUAGUUCCGUAGGAGAGACCGCGGGUCCUGUUAGUGUGUACGAUAAAAUACGCAUCAUGCUAGGCUAAUAAUUGUUAUACAGCGUAAUCGAAACGUCUCUCUCUCUCUCUCUUUCUUUCUCGCUCUCUUCCACUCACGCACAUGUUUCCGCUUUCUACUUACGUAGGUAUAAUUACAAAGCGAUUCGAUUGAACGCGGUGAUGAAAUUAUCGUUCGUCGUACGUUUCCGUGCGUCGCUACGUUUUCCCCACGUGAAUUCGGGAUAAACGAAGGAAACACCUAAAUUGAAGACAGAUUCGCUUCGCUACGAGGCAUAUGGCAAUAACAAACGAAGGGAUGCGAUACGCAAAGUCCGUAAGGUGUUCACCGAUCGGGAACUCCUUUCCUCUCGUGCGUUCGCAUCCCCGGCCGCGACGUGUGUGCUUCUUCCCUUAUCAUAAUAAUUAGUCUCGCUGCAACAUUACGACUAACGGUUAAUUCGUCCAUGAUUACUUCAGUUGCUUUUUUAUUAGCUGCUACUUUCAUUUAGGUCGAUAUAUUUAACGUAUAUAACUAUAUAAAUACAGCAGGCAUUCGUUUAUAUAUUUACAGGUCGAUCAACGCACCUUUUUCUUCCUUCUACGCUUUACUCUCAUUCUCUUUCUCUCUCGCGUUUCUUAGCACAUCCGCUUAUUUUUUUUCUCUCCCUUUCUCUCCCGCGACAGUUUCGCGAAUUUCGGCGGCGAAGGAGCGAGCUGUCCGAUUAUUAAAUUAGUCGUUAAAUUAAAGUUCUCACCGAUAUUGCCACGCACCUUCAGUCUUAUAAAUUCCAAUUAUCUGCGCUCCAACAAUUUUUCCAAGCCUCAACCCAGAAAUAGUCCCCCCCUUUUUUUUUAUGUAAACGCGAUCACCUGGGAUCCCUAGCUUUUACGUUCUAAUUAAAAAUUGUUAUUAAUUCUCCAAUUGGGAAUUUGAAAACCCAGGCGAAUUUUUAAUUAUUCAACCAUUCAAAUUCGUGCACGUGCAAAAAAAAAUGAAAAACGUUUCAAACGUUGUCAAACAAUUAUAAAAUUGUAUUUUGGAAUACUGACAAAAGGUACCAGAAUUUUUUCCGACUUUUUGCAGCCCUUUGAAAAAUACUAUCGGACACCUACAGUGACCUGGUGUUGGACUAGAAAAACAGCGAAAAGAAAACGUUCGACAACACAGAAAGUUAAUUAUAUCGUAUGUCGUAUAUAUUAUUGAUUAUUCUACAAUUUAUUUAAAAAAAUACUAAUUGUUGUGUAAAGAAAUCGGUACAGAUUCUCGAUCCGUAAAAAAUAAAACUUCUGUGAUUUAGCUUGAUUUUUUCGCUGCCGUGGUAAAACGUGUAAAAAAAAUCAGGCGACUAUUCCUGGGUUUAUAAAUUAACUUUGUAACUCUUUACAAAUCAACAAUCGCAUCUGAUUGUUAUCGUAACGAAAUAAUCAUUAAUAAUACUAUCGAUGAAUAAAAAUAAUCGAGAGCGUUUAAUCGGAUGGAAACGCGCUUGUCGUUCACCGCGACAAAUCGACACCCGUGUGACGGAGAUCGCGACAGCGAAACCGAUAUCAGGGACGAUUGGCGAGGUCGAAGACACUCGGCAUUGACGACGACGACGACGACGACGACGGGCAAGGACGAGGGGUCUCUCGCGCGCACGACAUUUCAGAGCUUCGUCCGGCGAGCGCGCCGUCUAAACUCGCCCGACAAAGGCCGCUGCGAAAUUGAAGAAUUACGACGGUAAGAACUCGAACAAUUGCGCGCCUGGCCCACGCUGAAUUAGGCCUCCCCGGCCUCGCCUCCGCGCGCUCGCCGGAUUUCGAUCUUAUUAGCGCGCUGAAAGGAAGGACACCUCGGCGCGGACAAUGGCGCGUCCGAUUGCGAAAGUGAAUCGGACCUGUCGCGCGCGGGCCGUUGUUCGUCGAAUUCAAUGGAUCCUAAGUGACCCAAUUGGACGCCGUACUUUAAAGCGGACUCGAAUUUUUGUCAUAAUUAUGGGGCAGCUCUCGACGACGACCGUCGCGCACUAUCUUCCUUCGGAAGACCCUGAUUUGGAUUCUUUCAAAUCGCGCUGCUGUGGCGAGCAGUUUUUUUUUUUUUACUUUUUGAUAAAAGAAAUUUCGUCUAGUGUAAAACUCUUAAAAUGUAAUUGUCUGAAAAAAAAUUGCGCUUCUCAUUUUAUAACGAGUUACACCGUGAUACAAUAAUAAUUCCAUGAAUUACAAUUAUAUCGAGACACAGAUAAUAGAAGUACGGAGUUACUUUUACAUCUCGACAAUCUUGAUUCGUGAAUUAAUUUCUACGAUUCACUUUUAAUUCAUUAAAAUAAGAAUCGUAAUUCUUUUUAUAGACAAUUGUGUUUUAAAAGUUCUGCUCUUUAUCAGAUAAAGUUUCGGUAUUUUUUUUUUUUUUUUUUUUAGAACACCUCCCCUCCGAUUUUGAUGAAUUUGUGUUUUUAAAGCAAGGAACGGUUUGUUAUUUAAUUAUUUUAAUUCAUUUAUCAUCGUCACGCGCUUAUUUCUGCCAGAUUCUUUCGUUUCGUGCAAAAACGCGUCGACCGAACCUAAUUUCAUCAAAAUUGGAGGUGAGACG